UCAAGGAGGUUGGCUGAGCUAUUUCAUAGACAUGAAAGGUGUGGCGGAUGUGCUGAGAAAUAGCUCUGGCCCAAACUUUACGACUCUUAACUGAGCCUUCCAAUGACUCAGAUAUGUGACUUCUGACACACUGGCCUAAUAUUGCUCAAAAAAAACAGAUCUCUUCUUUGGAAGGGGAUCUCUCCCUUCUCCAGUAUGACCUCAUUUGUGAUUAAUCUGAAAGCAUUCCUUUCUGGGGCAGGUAGGUGGCAAGUGAAAGAUGGCAUGAUUUCCCCAGGCCACCUGGUGAGUCAGUUACACAACAAGGAACAAAGCCCAGUUUUACUGAUGGCUAAGACCAAGAGGCUCAGCCCUACCUCAUGACACCUCCUGUUCAGUAAAAUGACUAAUUAAACAGUCAAUUAUGUGCUCUGGGUCUUGCUCUACAAGCACCAGACAAGUUUCAGUCCACGUUCUCCAGGAGCAUGCAAUCUACAGGAAGAGAAAAAUGAAAGAGGCCAAGAGAUGGAGAAAAUAUUUACAUAGACACAGAUGAAACAUGUCCUUCAUUCACCAAACUGAGCUUUCACAGUGCAGUGGUCGGUACAGGACUAAAUGUGAAGCUGAUGCUCUACACCAGAAAAAAUCUGACCUGUGCACAAGUCAUCAACUCCACAAUUUUGGGGAACUUGAAUGUGACCAAGAAAACCACCUUUAUUGUCCAUGGAUUCCGACCUACAGGCUCCCCUCCAGUUUGGAUGGAGGACUUGGUACAGAGUUUGCUCUCCGUAGAAGACAUGAAUGUGAUUGUUGUUGAUUGGAAUCGAGGAGCUACAACUGUGAUAUAUAACCACGCCUCUAGUAAGACCAGAAAAGUAGCAGAAGUCUUGAAGAAAUUUAUCGACCAGGUGUUGGUAGAAGGAGCUUCUCUUGACAACAUUUAUAUGAUUGGAGUAAGUCUAGGAGCCCACAUAUCCGGGUUUGUUGGGAAGAUGUAUAAUGGGCAGCUGGGAAGAAUUACAGGUCUCGACCCUGCGGGCCCUUUAUUCAACGGGAGACCUCCCGAGGACAGAUUAGAUCCCGGUGAUGCACAGUUUGUUGACAUCAUCCACUCCGACAUUGAUGCACUGGGCUACAAGGAGCCAUUAGGAAACAUAGACUUCUACCCAAAUGGAGGAUUGGAUCAACCUGGUUGCCCCAAAACAAUAUUGGGAGGAUUGCAAUAUUUUAAGUGUGACCAUCAGAGGUCCGUGUACCUGUACCUUUCUUCUCUGAGAGAGAACUGUGCUAUCACUGCAUAUCCCUGUGACUCCUACCGGGACUAUAGGAAUGGCAAAUGUGUCAACUGUGGCAUGCCACAAAAGGAGUCCUGUCCCCUGCUGGGCUAUUAUGCUGAUAAUUGGAAAGAGUAUUUAAAGCAGAAAGAGCCUCCUAUGACUAAAGCGUUCUUUGACACAGCAGAGGAGAAACCAUUCUGCAUAUAUCAUUACUUUGUGGACAUUAUAACUUGGAACAAGAACAUAAGAAGAGGAUCCAUUACAAUCAGAUUGACAGACAGAGCUGGAAACACCACAGAAUCCAAAAUCAAUCAUGAACCUGCAACUUUUCAGAAAUACCACCAAGUGAGUCUGCUUGCAAGAUUUAAUCAAGACUUGGAUAAAGUUGCAGCCAUUUCCUUGGUGUUCUCUACAGGGUCUACAAUAGGCCCGAAGUAUAAGCUCAGGAUUCUCCGAAUGAAGUUGAGGUCACUUGCCCAUCCAGAGAGGCCCCAGUUGUGUCGGUAUGAUCUUGUUCUGAUGGAAAACACCGAAACAGUCUUCCAACCUAUUCUGUGCCCAAAGUUGCAGAUGUAACAUGUCGGGACACAUGGGCACCAGUGACAUCAAGAAAGCUACAACUACAGGCUUUUUUAAAGCGUCACCUCACCUUUUCCUCAAGGCACAUGGACGUAUGAAUAAGCAGGGUUUUUUCCAGCAGCGUCCCAUGGAUGUCACAUUGCAAAAUGUCAAACGACCUUGGAUUAUGGAACAGUCCUGGGAAGGGAGCCCCUAAGUAGGGCAAGUCAGAAAUAGCCAGGCUCCCAACAGCCCAGCGCCUUGUCUGGCUGCGUCCUGGGGCCUCGUUUGUUCUGACCUGUCAGUUCUGCUGCCAGUCACUCAGGCAGCUCUGCUCGUCAAGCAUCUUAAAGGGAAGGUCUAACAGGAGACCUCACUCUGGACUCGACCCCACAUGCCCUGUGCCAAACUCCUCCAGGUCCCUGCAUGCAGAAAGGAAUGGAGACUGACCUACCUCACAGGGCUGCUGUGUGGGUUCGGGAGGCAAGUCUGUGAAGGGUUCUUUGAAAUCCCAUGGGGGCCACAUCUGUGAGUGGUUUGAUAAAUGUGAAUAUGCUUUUAUUUAUUUUGCUUUGGCUUAGCUAAUAUGCAAUAAGAGAGCUCCUCCUUAUUGACAACAGCCUGUCUCUUGGGCUGUUUGCUCUGGGAAGGCAGGAAAGCCACACCCCGGCUUCCCAUCUCCUCUAAAGUGGGUUGGUGCUGGAGGAAGUGGGGACAGAGAGACAGCAAAGGGGGCAGCUGCUGGGACUAAGAUAGUAAGUGGAUAAGGGAAGAAGGGCAGAUGAAGACAGUGACAGCCUUGCUUACAGUGACAGUGGAUGGAGAGAUAGGAGAGAAACAAAUGGAGCUUGUUUUUCAGUUGAAGUGAAGAAGGGUCACUUUACAGGCAGUUCUCAUUUUAAGCAAUCCUUAAGAAAUGUUUAUCUUUUGGGGCACCUGGGUGGAUCAGUUGGUUAAGCAGCCAACUCUUGAUCUCAGCUCAGGUCAUGAUCUCACAGUUCAUGAGUUCGGGCCCUACGGUGGGCUCUGUACUGACAGGAUGGAACCUGCUUGGGAUUCUUUCCACCACCACCCCUUUGCCCCUCCCCCACCCUGGCUCUCUCAAACUAAACUAAAAAAAAAAGAAGAAAUGUUUAUUUUUAUUUGUUACUGAUGGAAUCUGUGGUUAUUUGAAAGAAAUUUAGAAAAUGCACAGAUGCAAAAAGAAAAUAUGCUAUCUACAAUCCACCUGUUGGGGAUAAUUAAGGCAAACCUUUUGGAAUGAUGCUAACUUGUGUUGCUAACAGGUGAAUUCAAAGCAUACACUGGUUUGCUCUUGGAGCACCGGAGGCCUCCAGUUUGAGAAAUUCUUAGGCUUCCCCAGGAGUAGGUAUGAUCAGUGAAUGUAAAUUGACAACAGCAGCUAAAACAAGAGAUGUUGGAGGGCCAAGGCCAGAACAAGGGACGACCAUCCCGGGACCAGGGUGCUCAAUGCAGGCAGUCACAGGGGCGGGCACCACCCAGCCCAUGACUGUGGCCACUGCAGGUGGGUUCCUGGGAUUCCUGAGAGUCACAGGCUCUAUAACCUCCUCCUUAUCCAAGUGACUGUUCUACAGCUUUCUGUGAGAACACCCCUUUUAAAAGAAAUGGACUCUUCAUUUUAUAAACUAUUGAGCUCUGUAAAUAUAUUCCUGCGUGUCACAUCAUUUACAGAUUUCUACGUGUAUCACAUACACUCUUCACCUCAAUGAAGGGUGCCUAAAGCGAAUGCCUGAUCUUGAAAGGAAUGAGGCUUCGAGAAGCUUCUGUCCACUUGGAUAUCAUCUCACCCUUCAUCCCACUUCCCACAUUUCUUCAGCAAUUUGUGCACAGACAGAUCAAUGUGCUGAUAGGCCCUGAUUUCUUUUUAAGGUUCUACUGGUCCCACAAUUUGAUUAGUAUAGCCAUUUCUUUGUCCUUUCCCUUCCUUGUAGGAAGGGGGCCAAAACAACAGUAGGAAAAUGUUACGAGUAGCAUUUCUAUCAUUUAUAAACUUCUCAGGCUGGAGGGUCUCUCUCAGCUUUUUUUUUUUUUUUAAUGUUUAUUUUGAGAGAGAGUGCAGGAGAGAGGCAGAGAGAGAAUCCCAAGCAGGCUCUGCACUGUCAGGCAGAGCCCGAUGCAGGCUCAGUCUCAUAAACCAUGAGAUCAGUACCUGAGCUGAGAUCAAGAGUCAGAUGCUUAACUGACUGAGCCACACAGGCAUCCCUUUCAGCUUCUUCCCUAGUGUCUCCUAGCAUAGUACCUGGCUUACUGGGGAAUGGGUGGAUGGAUGGACAAAUGGAUGAAUGAAUAAAGGAAGGAAGUUUGUUCCCUGGA